UGUAAACAAACAACAGAAGAAUUGUCAUAACUUGUUGUCAAUAAAUAUCUUCGUUUUGUGGGACGAAGCAAGUUCUAGUCAUCCAUCGUCCCCAACAAUACCUGGUAGAAUGGAGCAGCCAGAGACAGACAGCGAAGACGAGAUGCCUCCAGGAUGGGAGGAGCGGUGCACAGCAGACGGACUUGUAUUUUAUGCACAUCAUAGCUCUCAGACAACCCAGUGGAAGCAUCCCAGAACCAACAAGAAGAAAAAAGUUACUGGAGAAUUACCCUAUGGAUGGGAAAGACAGAUAACAGAAGAUGGGAAAGUGUUCUUUGUCGACCACAUCAACCACAAGACUACCUACACAGAUCCCAGACUAGCCUUUGCAAUCGAGGAGAGCAAUACAAUUAAUGACCUGCGGCAGAGGUUUGACAGCAGUUCGACAGGUCUCCAAGUGCUUCAUGGGAGGGACCUCACAGGGCGCGUUGCUGUCAUUACAGGUGCUAAUAGUGGAAUAGGCUAUGAAACAGCUCGAACUUUGGCAUAUCAUGGUUGCACGGUUGUAUUUGCUUGUCGGAGUAUAAGCAAAGCAGAAAAUGCAAUAUCGAAAAUUCAGGCUCAGAGGCCAAAUGCAUCAUGCCAUGCUUUACACAUCGAUUUGGCAUCUCUUGAAAGUGUGCGGACUUUUGCACAAACUUUUGCCAUUAAGUUUGACCGAUGUGAUAUAUUGAUUCUAAAUGCGGGAGUUUUUGGUCUACCUCACACCUCGACUCUGGAUGGGCUUGAGGCCACCUUCCAGGUGAACCACUUGUCGCAGUUUUACCUCGCUGUGCUGCUGCAGCCAAUACUCUCUCGCUCAGCACCUGCACGGGUUGUGUUUGUCUCGGCUGAAGCACACAGAUUUGCAACUCUUGAUGAAGCUUGCCCAGAAGAAGAGUUAUCACCCUCCCACAAGACAACAUAUGAUUCUAUAAUUGCUUAUUGCAACUCUAAACUAUGCAAUGUUUUGACAGCCCUGGAGAUGCAACGGAGAUUUGGCAAUCAGGGUAUAAACUCUUAUGCAGUGCACCCAGGCAAUGCUGUGUCGACCUAUAUUACGCGACAUUGGUGGGUUUACCGUCUAAUUUAUGCAGUGGUUCGACCUUUCACAAAAUCCUUGCAACAAGCUUGUGCUACAACCAUAUACUGUGCAGCAAGUACUGACAUUUCCAAGUAUGGAGGAGUUUAUGUGAAUAAUUGCGUGCCAUGUCUCCCUUCGCACACAUCACUCAAUUCUGUGGUUUCAAAUCGUUUAUGGAACACGUCUCUGAAUAUGAUACAAAAUGUGCUUGGAAAAAGAGCAUUCAGUGUACAAACUUUAUAGGAAUAAUAAGGAAAGUAAAGUUGUUGGUGUGGGCAUCAAAUUUAUGAUGAGAUUUGAAAAGUUUGCAGAAGAAAUAGGUGAAUUGUUUUAUUUACAGAUGGUAUGAAGAUAUAAUGCUUCAUCAUAGUUGGAAUUAACCAAGUUGAGGAGGUAGUUUGUUAUACAUUACAUCCAAACCAGUUUUAAGUUUGUUUAAGUAUAGUAUUUGUAAAGUGUUGACUUCAUAUUAUUUAUUUAAUCCAUCAUAUACAAAUAUUCCAGGGCAUUCCAUUCAGAAGUCUGCAUUUUAAUGUUGCAAUAUACUGUUAACCCAAUGCCAAAUGAGUAAACAUUGGGGAAAAUGUUGUGCUCAUUUUUUAUAUAUUUGUGAAAUGUCUCUGCACAUAGAUGGCUCUGCUAGUGCUCAGCCACAAAGGAGUCAAUUAGUA